UGUUUACGUGACAAACCUUACUCAUUAGCUGUGUCGGGUGGUGGUGGGUUUACCGACACAUUUACGCGAUCAAACCCAAACAAAAACCUCAUGGAUAUUGGUCGCGAUGGCCUGCUACGUGUUUAAACCCCCUUGUACCAUUCCCUUGGCUUCCCCAAGUCAGUACCGCAAGUGGGGGACUAAUCUCCAUCUGUUACAUCUGUACGGGACAGUGUUAUAUAUGCACACAUCUGUCAACCCCUUAUCAGUGCCGACCAGAUUACAGACAAAAUUCAGACCAUAUUGGUCAGCCCAUGUGCUUAAAAAUCUCAACGUUCAGUCUACAAAGUCCCAUCACAAGGGAGAAACAGAGAUUUAUUUGCCCCUAUUCAAACGGCUGUACGCCGUAUGGAAUUUAAAACUUAAUUUCCCUUAUCAGUGCCGACCAGAUUACAGACAAAAUUCAGACCAUAUUGGUCAGCCCAUGUGCUUAAAAAUCUCAACGUUCAGCCUACAAAGUCCCAUCACAAGGGAGAAACACAUGAGAUUUAUUUGCCCCUAUUCAAACGGCUGUACGCCGUAUGGACUUUAAAACUUAAUUUCCCUGUCGUACAAGAAUACGGGGUAAACCGAUGUCAUCCCCCUACAACGCCUGAUGAUGCCGAGUGUAAUCUCAAGCGAAACGUCGUACAGGAUCGCAAAAAUUGCUUUGCUUUUGAAGAUUCCUUCUGAAUUCUUAAAAAGAAAACUAAUUCGAUUGGCAUAUCUGCCCACUUGAUUUAAUUCGAUUGGCCUUGUCGGGUGGUGGAUGGGUUUUAGUGAACACAUCGAUUUAAAACAAACAAAACUAAUUAUGAAUAAAAUUGGUCGUGAAACCCUCCGUAUUUUCUUUCUCACGUGACGCAAUUGUGCUUUUUGCACAUUUUCUAUUUUUGCCUCAUUGCUGUAACGUCGUGUGAACUUCUUUCGCACCGUACGUAGCCAACCGUGCUAAUCGGGGUUUGCUCCCUGUACUUAAUUCGGCUUUUGUUGUCAUUGCGGGUGACCCAAGCGACUCUUGCAAAGGACCCGUCCUGCGGGUCCUGGUCUCUGGAGAUUUCUCCUCACCCGACGAAAUAUAAAAAAAUGAACUUGAAACUUUCACCACCAGCACCAACUUGACGCGAUGUUGCCUUUGACCACGCGUGGCAGUCGCCACGCAGCCUCCAGGCCGCCAUGUUGGGCAAGGAGGGCUAAUCGGCUUUUCAAUGGGACGUGACGGCAUAGAGUUCCCCCCCCUCCCUCCUAUUAUGGAGGGGGGGGGGGAAGCGGGGUGAGUGACCUCACCUAAGAUGGCGGCGCGGGUUUCAAUUUGGCGGGAAAGCAACUGGCGUCAUGGCCGAUGGCGAGGGCUGCCGGCUGAGCGAUGUGGUGAGCGGAUUCAGCGGCCUCGGCUGUGCCGGGGGAGAGGAGGAGGACGGCGACGACUCGAGAGGCGACGAGGUGGGGGGCAACGAGGAGGAUGACGAGGAGGGAGCCUCGACGGUGUUCGGACAGCUGGCGGAGUUGCCGGCAGAGCCGCCGGAUCGCAGGGCCACAUGUUCGCGAUGCGGGCGGCCCCAGAAGGUGUGUCUCUGUCCCUUCUUGCCGGCUCACCCACUGGAGGUUUCCACGCGUCUCUAUAUUGUACAGCAUCCAGCCGAGGAAAGUCGCGUGCUGCGCACAGUGCCACUGUUGGCCGCCUGCCUCUCCGCGCACUCCUGCACCGUGCUCGUUGGCCGCCGCUUCCCCGAGGACCGAUUCCCUGAGCUGGCACAGGUGUGUCGUAGCCCCAACACGCUGGUGCUGUACCCCGGGCCCGGUGCUGUCGACCUCUACGACCUUGUCGGCGCCUCCUCCACCACCUGCGCUAGCGCUGCCCGUGAGAGUAGCGGCAUCCUCCUCGGCACAGGAGAUGACUCUCCCGCCGCCGCCAAGCCUGGGCGGGCAGACGCCCUCGCUCCCUGUGGUGCCGUCGAUCCGACCACCUUGGCAGAUGCCCCCCGCGUCCCGACCCCCGCCUCGGUGAACGGUGCUGUUCCCCUCUUCACGCUGGUGCUCAUCGACGGCACCUGGCGACAGGCCAAGGACAUGUUUGAGCGCAACCGCCUCCUGCACAUUCCGCGGCGGGUGGAGUUGCGGGAGAGCAGGGACAGCCAGUACGUGAUCCGCUCCCAGCCCCGCGGUUCGUGCCUCUCGACGCUGGAGUGUGCCGCCUUCGCCCUGGCCGCCCUCGAGCGUGACCCCAGCAUCCACGAGACGCUGCUACGGCCGCUGCGGGGCCUCUGCUCGUUCCAGCUAGAGCACGGCGCCCGCGUACACCACAGCAAGGAGCACCUCCUCCGCAGCGGCCUGUACGAGAAGCCGCUGCCCACCAACAAGCGCAAGCUCAAGCGCAUGCAGCAGCUGCUCUACUGAGGCGGAGAGGGGAGGCGGAGGGAGGGUGGGAAGCGUGAGUUUGGGGAGGCGUUGCGGCUGCUUGACAAGGGCCGGCCGCGGCGAUGGAACGAUGUGGGCAGAAGAUGGAGGGCGGGUGG